GCACCCUCUGUUAUGUGCGUCAAGAAUUUAUAAACUUUAUAUUAUCCGUAAUGGUGUCUGAUCGUGUGUAAUCUAAAACUAUUAAAUAAUCAUGUCGUUAGAGACUCGAUCUACUUCAGCUCUUUUCAAAAGGGCUGAUCAGUUGAAACGUUGGGAAGAAUCGGAUACUAAUCGGGAACCAGUGACACCGAAACAAAAAACUCGUAAAAUCAAAUUUUCGUCGGGAUGUGUGUUUCUGGCCGCUUGUGCUGCUGGUGAUAAAAAAGAAGUGCUGGAAUUGUUACAUAAAGGAGCCGACAUUAACACUGCUAAUGUAGAUGGAUUAACUGCCUUGCAUCAGGCAUGUAUCGACGACAACCUAGAUAUGGUGGAGUUUCUUGUGGAAAAUGGAGCCGACGUCAACAGAGGAGACAACGAAGGCUGGACCCCUCUUCACGCUACUGCCAGUUGUGGAUUUCUUUCAAUCGCCAAAUAUCUCAUCGAAAAAGGUGCACAUGUAGCUGCCGUAAAUAAUGAUGGACAAUUGGCAAUUGAUAUUGCCGAGUGUCCAAAGAUGGAAUCAUUGCUCAGGGAGGAGAUUGCAGAAAAAGGUAUUGAUUGUGACGCAGCUCGAAAUGAAGAAGAACUUAUAAUGUUGAGGGAUGCCAAAGAUUGGUUAGCCACAAAAAGUUCUUUGGUGAAUGUUGCGCACCCUAAAAAUGGAGCCACGGCUUUACAUGUAGCAUGUGCGAAAGGUUACACCGAUGUCAUAAAAAUAUUGUUACAAUGUGGGGCUGAUGUUGAUGUGCAGGAUGUUGAUGGUUGGACUCCGUUACAUGCUGCUGCGCAUUGGGGGCAACAGGAAGCGUGCCAAAUUCUGACUGAAAAUUUGGCAGAUAUGGAAGCUAAAAACUUUGUGGGCCAAACAGCAUUUGACUUGUGUGAUACAGAUAUGUUGUCGACACUAGAGGAUCUGCGGCGGAAACAAAACAAGGAAGAUGUUUAUAAUAGAAGAAUAUCGAAGAAAAGGACAGAUAUUAAUGAUAGAAAUUUGGAAUCUGAAACACCAAGCAAAGUUAAAAAAGUGGAUGCAGAUAAUGAUAAUAAAGUUAUUGAAAAUACAGAUAUGGAUGUAUCAAGCGAAAGUGAAUCGGAAUCAGAAACGGAGUCAGAGAGCAGCUCUGAAAGCGAAUCAGAAAGCUCCGACGAGGAAAAGAAGAAUAAAAUCAAUGCUAUCAGUGGAAGUAAUGAAAUUACAACGAAUGCAGUUGUGCCUAAGAAAAUCGUUGACGACAAAGAGGAAAUCACAUCUAGAAGAAAAAUUACGAAACAGAAUUCGGAUCUUAGUCCUACUAAAAUUAAUAAUAUGGCGAAUUCAGUUGAAAAUUCAAAGAGUGAACCUGAAAUUACUCCAAGAAGACCUCCUAUCGUACAAAACGAAAAAUUGUCUUCCAAAAAAGAAGAAAAGGAGAUACCAAUUAGUACAACAACAAUUACAAAUACCACAACCAACAUAUCACAAGAAAAAACCUCACCAUUAUCUAGUCCUCAGCCGACUAGUAACAGUCCGCAGUUUAUAAGAAGUGGUCUUAAGUUACAAAUUCCAUCACCAAAUCCCACAACUUGUACUGCUAGCCCGACUACUAAUACCAGUACGUCGACAACUCCCAUCACGCCGACUGGAACCAGACUGCAGAUGCUCAAAAACUUCUUUAAAUCAUUUGUUCCUCCUGUUCGGGACGAAGAAAGUGAAACUCAAAGGAAGGCUCAUGCAAAGAGGGUUAGAGAAACGCGUCGAUCAACUCAGGGUGUUACUUUAGAAGAAAUAAAAUCAGCUGAACAGCUAGUUAAACAGAAAAAUCAACCGAAUAGUGGAAAUGAGGGAAAGCCUGGAGCCAAUGGAGAUUCUCCUAAUGGAGUAGUCGUUACCGCCACCAUUACAACUGGUACUCCCACUGUUAUUACAACUCGAGAGAGUGAAGAGCCACCUACAGUACAUGAAAGGAGGCCCUCCUGGAGGUUACGAGUGGAUAAUGGUACUAGCAAGUUUUUAUUGGAAGACGCUUCAAAACCUGCGGAACCUCCAAGUACGCCUUCGUUCAUUCGUAGAACGAAUCCGGCCAUUCCUAUCCAAAGACCAUCAUCUGCACCACUUGAGACUGCAGAUACCACGAUAACACUGCCUUUGAGAAAACCUAAAACUGUAGAAGAAAAAGAUCAGGAUAAAGAAAAUGAUAUUAGAAAUGCCCAAGCGACUCUCGCCACACAAGCUGCUAUACAAAGGAGAAGAAGGCCCAAGAGAAGAUCAACAGGAGUUGUUUCAUUUGACAACGUAGAUGAUUUGGAACAAGAAAAAGAUUCUUCAAGUGGGAAAGACUGUGAUGAUACUACUAAAUUGAAUCAUUUGGAGAGCGGGACAGAUCGAAGUAGUCGAUCUAGAAUAAGUAGUUCGUCAGAUAUUCGAAACGAGAACGGUGAAAUCGAUUAUAAAAAAUUAUACGAAGAGCAGCUAGCAGAAAACGAGAGACUGAAAGAAAAACUCAGAAAAUCCGAUGAGGAACUCAGAGAUACCAAGCAGACAUUGGAAAAAAUCAAUUUGGUUACAAGUAAAAAUUCUUUAUCAGAGUUAGAAAAGCGCGAAAGGAGAGCUAUGGAAAGAAAAUUGAGCGAGAUGGAAGAGGAACUGAAGAAUUUGGAAAAUCUAAAAUCCGAAAACCAGAGGUUGAAAGAUGAAAAUGGUGCUCUUAUUAGAGUGAUCAGCAAACUGUCAAAAUAGCAUAAGUUUUAGUUGUUAUCAUUAAUUGCAUUUUAUGUUAAGGUGACUUUAAUAAUUUAUUGUUAGAAAUUAAUUUAAAAAAACAUGGAUUAUCCAUUUUUUAAAAAUGAAACCUUUUCUGUAGCAUAAAUAUCUGUCAAAAGAAUGAGGAUAGAUAUAAGUAUAAUAAUUUCAUAAACAUUAUCAAGUAUAUUUUCAAAAUUUCCUUUUUUACUAAAAUAUAACACAGCUUGAAUAUUUUUUGUAAAAUUUCCUGACAGAUUUCAUUAAUUUUUAGUAUCAGUUUUCUUAUUUUUCAUUUUGUAAUAUACAGUCACUGACCUUUUUUAACCUUUAUUGUGCGUUUAACUGAAUAUGAAGAUAUCUGAUUCUUGCCAACAUUUGUCUUGGUGCAAAAUGUACUUCCGAUACAAAUUUCCUUAAGUUCAACGCACGGUUAGGUACAGUUCCAAGUUAUUAAACAGCUAAAAUAUUUCUAUAGAAGAUCAGUUAUACCAAAAUAUUUACCUUAGAAGAAAGAAAUAAAUUUUUUUUUCUUAUCGAAAAUUAGUUUCAGCUUGUCCGGUGGGGACCCUAAUUCUAAAAGUAAUUUUAAGAACUGCUGUUACAGUUGUAUUAAUUUUUCAUUUCAGUAUUUUACAUAUAAAUAUAUACUUGAUGAUAAUUUUUGCAAAUAAAGAUUUCGAAAAAUAUCUACCCUUUGUUGUAAAUUGUUAUGUAGUUAUGUUUAGAGUAUUAUGUUACAGAUUUGUGCUACUGGAAAGUAUGUACAUAUUUUAAAAAAUGUAAAUUCCUAAUGAACUUAUAAAUAACUGAGGCCUUACAUUUUUUAAUCAAGAAAUCAGGUUUGGUACAGAAUUUUAUGUGUAUAUUUAAUUUGUUUUUGUAUUUUUAUAGCUUCAAUUUAUUUUACAAAAGUUUGAAUUCAAUAAAUCGCAGUGUUAAUAGCAUCAAUAUAUUAAUGAAAAUUCUAACCGUAAUAUACUUUUCAAUUUGAAAAUUGGUCAUUUAGAGUAAUUUCAUUAUGUACAGUGUUAAAACAUACUCCAGAAAAUUGUUUUUAAAACAAAAAUUCAUUUAAUCAUUUUCUUUUUUGUUUUGAUACAAUUUUUGUGAAUGUAAUAUGUGUAGAGUAAUUAUUAUAUUUAUUAACGACUUUUUGUUGUCCGUAUUUCGUAUAUGUCCGAAAUUUAAUUGAUAAUAUUGAAUAUUUAGAAGCGUAGCUCAGGGUCGACCGGAAAUCCAAUACUAUUCUUUCCUCCCCACGUUUUGCUCCAUUUUGAACAAGGUGUUGCUUCAACAAUUCCAAAAACUUAUCUACGUUAGUACUAGUGAGCACAUAACCCCAAGGAAUAUUAAAUAUUCUUUUCACAAUUUUUCCGUAUCCUUUGCGAAUAUUUCUUUUUAUUUUGUAUCGAUUGUUUGUCCUUUUUGAAGCCUUCGAACUCCUUUUAUUUACCAAAAAGUACCUUAAUUCAUGAUUGGGUACUUUGGUUCCAAUUAUCACCAAAUAUAUAAUCCAUGGAAAUAAUAGAUAAUCAGCAGUCUAAACAUUCUUUUUUGUUGUGUAGACGACUUGUCCAAUAAAGAGAAAAAAUGAAUGAAGAAUUAUAGAGCAAAAAUAUCUUACAUCUGAAAAAUAACUAACAUAAAAUUAAAAUUAUAUCUUAAAGUUAUAGAUAUAGGUACAAUAAUAAAUAACGACAAGAUGUGGCUACAAUUAGAAAAUUUUUGAUAAUUGAAGUAUGCAAGGAGGAAACAAGCACUUGAAACGUAGAGAAAUGUCUGAGGUAUGGUUAACUUAUGGUAAGAUCAAGCGGAGAGUAAUUAGUCUUGAUCAAAUGAAGCGUUUCUAUUGCAUCAGUCCUGCAGAAGAGCAACUCCUAUAUCAGGGUCAACUCCUCCUAUAAAAAUUUUUCCUUAUCCAACGAAUAUCUCUCUUUUUUUUUUCUAUUGCAUCUCAUAUUUUAACUGGAGGCUAGUCACUUUCAUAUAUCGUUAAAAAUUCGAUACCUCGUUUAAAUUUGAUGGAUUUAGACAUUGUUGUUUCAAGUAUUAACCAAAAAUAUUACACUAUUAUUUGUUCACUAUUGUUGUUAAUUUUUCACUGUUGUUUUAUAAAAAUGUUUUAAAUUGAUUGCAUUUAAAUGAAUUUAACCUGAAAUUUUUGUUUCAAAUGCAUUAUUUACAUCAAAAAACUUUGAUAAUAUUUAAAACUUUCAUUGUUUAAACUAUUUACCUGAGUGUAAUUUUAACGAGAAAUUGAAAAAGAUUUAAUAAAGUAAGAAUAAAUUCUGUCCCAAACCUAAUUUCCAACAAUUGAAAAUUGCGCGGACCGUUGAUGAGUUUUUUACACGACUUCGAGUAUUAUUGUUUGUAUUUAUUGACUUAUCGACAAUAUUGAAUAUGUAAUAUAAAUAUGAAGUAGUUAGUUAAGAAUUUUACAGGAUGUCAAAUAAAUUGCGUCUUCCUUCACCUAAAGCAGAGGUUUAAUUUGGUAUAAGAUUUGAUAACAAAAACUUAGCUAUUAACUAACUGUAUAUAAUAUUUGAGAUCAAGAUUUUAUUAGUAUUUUAAAAUGAAUGUAAUUUUAUUAAUUCAUAAAACAACAAGCAAAUUUCGUAGCUUUUUCUCACAUGCUCUGGAUGCUUCAGACGUGUUUCACUGACAGCAGUCCACUCAGAUGAUGAACAUUUUGAUUCUGGAGUGAGGUGAUAGAUCCAUGUUUCAUCCAUAGUCACAUAUCAACGCAAAAAAACAGAAUUAUUAUGUGUAAACAUGGCCAAACAAUGCUCUGAAUCAUUAGCACGUUGUCAUUUUUGAUCGACUGUGAGUAAACGCGGUGGAAUUUUUUAAUGUUUCCUGGAGUAACCACCUCAAUUGAAUGACCAGAACGUUCACCAUCAUCGGUGUCUGACGACCACGUUUAAUUUCAGCGAACCAAAAACAAAUGGUUCUUUUCGAUGGAGCAGAGUUGAAGCCAUUGUUUUGAAAAUAACAAAAGUAGCUUCACUUAAAUGGCUGUCACUUUUUUCUAACUAAUCGAAAUGUCAUAAAAUUUCACACAUAGUUUUUUUAAAGUUGGACUUCAUAAACGUCAUAGGGAUUUGACAAUGGCAGCAUUAUCUAUGUCAGUCACACGACUUAUUGAAUGAAGUAAUAAAUACUUAUUAUCUAACUUGCAUAUGAGAAAUGAAAUAAAAAGUAAAGUAAUACAUUAAAUAAUUUUUGUAUAAAUAUGGCAUCACAAUGCAUGUACGUUUUCUGUUCUUUUUAGAUCAAGAACUGUGAAUUAAUUCCUGUAUAGCUUUUCUUGAUCUAUACUUUUUAGUUGAGUAUUGAAUCUUUUUAGUGCAUUUUCUUUUUCUAUAUCAUCUGGUAGGUUGUUAUAUAAUAUAAUCCCUAGGUACAAAUAACUUCUCUGUCUCAUGUUCUUGCUCAUAAGAGGUGCAACAUACUUUGUUUAUUUCUAGUUUCAUAGCCAUGUAAGUUAUCGUAAUGUAAGUUGACCUGCAAAUAAUAUAUUUGACUGACUAAUAUUUUCGAUUCGGUGAAAAAUUUAUAAGUGGGAUAUUUGUUCAGAAGUAAUUUCGAAAAUUUAUUUUACGAAACUUGUAGUGCAUUUUAGUUCGUUUUUGAAACACCUCCCCAGCCUAUGAUUCCAUAAUUUAAAUGUGAUACCACUAAACUUUGAUAAACCAUAAUUCUCUCUUUUUUAUUCAAGAAUUUCCACAAUUUUUUUUGUUAAGUAGUCCGCAUAAGUUUUCCAUCGAAAUGAACUAUCUAAUAUUAUUCCCAAAUAUCUAAUUUCAUUUUCUGGUUUUAUUGUGAAAGAAUUUUGUAUAUUUAUAUCAAAUUUUGGAAGGACUAUCUCGAGGCUACCGAAUUAUCCGAGAAUAAUCUAUAGUUCAUCCAAGUUUUAAUUUCUACAAAAUCCCUUUCAAUUCUCAAUUUCAAAUAGUUUUGUUAUAAAUUAUCUUGAUUGUAGGUUUCUUUGAAUUAAAUUUUCAUUUAAAAACAUAAAACCUUGACUUCAGUCUUUAUCAAAAUAUACCAGUUGUUCUCAUUUUCCCAUGUGAUAACACCACAGUAGAAUCUGAUUUUUGAGUAUCAUUUUUGGAUUUUUUUUUCCAAAAAACUAUAUCAGAUGCAAAAUCUAAUGAGAUGAUUUUAUUAUACAUAAGCCAAGCGACAUUAAGAAAUGAAAUGCUCAACACAUCUGUAAUUUGGAUGCUUUUGACAGGGAAUUAUUGAUCCUGAAGUUUAUUGAAUAUAAGUUGAAAAACCGUUAAAAACUUGAAUAAACUCAAAUAUUCAAAAAUUUUUAUGGAAUCUAUACCAAAAACCUCGCUUUAGAAUCGGAUCGGAAUGAUAUGUUUGUUAAAAAUUCUAUUAUGACAAAAAUUAUUAACGCUAUUUAAUCUUAUCGUACUACUACAUACAUUGAACAUUUGACAAUUUCUAAUAAAAAGACGUUACAUAAGAAAAUUUCAAAAACCCAAAUGUUUUCGUAUUGUAAUAUACUAAUUAUUUUGAACUUGUUGUUAUUCAUCACAUCACUCCAAGUUGGUAUUGUUUUUAUAAAAAUUCAAAAACAUGUCAAUUCUCUAGUAAUUAAAAAAAACUUAGUUGUCAUGAUAGUAUUAACUGGUUGUUAGUGCUCUUAGAAGACGGACUGAACGAACUGUUUUUUAAAUAUCCGAUUUUUUUAAAAAAAAGUUAUGAGACUCAAUUUUGGACUACCCUGUAUAAAUUAGUAUAAAAAAUCCGUUCUUGUUAUGUAUUUUCCUUUCUCUAAUGUGUGAUAUAAUAUUUGCUUAAAAUAGUAUUGUCAUUGCCAUUUUUUCCUUUUAAUUUAACAAUAUUUACCUAUUAGACUAUUUCCUCUUCCCAUUUUUAUUUUAUUAAUUUUAGACUUUGUACUUUAUACCUAGUUAGAUUGAAUAUUAUAAACACCACAUUUUUAAGGGACGUGUGUCAAACAGUACUUGCGAAAUGUCACUUUUAACAAAAUACUCAGAAAUACAAAUUAAAAAACCAAAAAAGAA